CACAGAACAAAUGUAGGCUGGGCCAUGUUAGGUUGGAUUGCUUUUCUGUCAAACGUCUAACCUCUCAACAUUCUUGAUACGGCUUUGUAAAUAAAUUUCGUAAAUAUAUAUGGUUAUUGUUGCACUGAAUUAACAAGAGAUGGGUCUGUUAACUGUUUUAAAAAAGUUAAAGCAAAAGGAAAAAGAAAUGCGGAUUCUUAUGCUUGGCUUGGACAAUGCAGGGAAAACUACUGUUUUGAAAAGAAUCAAUGGAGAGCCAAUUGACACCAUUUCGCCUACACUUGGUUUUAACAUCAAGACAUUGGAACAUAGAGGAUACAAGUUAAAUAUUUGGGAUGUAGGUGGUCAGAAAUCUCUGCGUUCCUACUGGAGAAAUUAUUUUGAGUGUACAGAUGGCUUGAUUUGGGUAGUGGAUAGUGCAGAUAGGAGACGGCUUGAAGAUUGCAAAGCAGAAUUGCACAAGCUUUUACAAGAAGAAAGAUUAGAAGGUGCUAGCCUUCUUGUACUUGCUAAUAAGCAAGACCUACCUGGUGCCCUUUCAGCUCCUGAUAUUGCUGAAGUUUUAGAGUUACCAAACAUCAAAACUCAUCAUUGGCAAAUUUAUAAAUGUUCUGCGGUGACAGCAGAAAAUUUGGUGGAGGGUAUAAAUUGGAUAGUUGACGAUAUUGCAGCUAGAAUUUUCUAUGUAGAUUAAGACUUAAAAGUGAUAAUCGUAUGACCUCUUCUUUCAUUAAUACUCUUUCUUUUAUUAUCCUAAUACAUAGGAUAGGAGUUUUAUACAAAAUUUAUCAAAACAUUAUUAAUCCUUGAUUAAUUUAUGCUUGACACCAUUUAUUUUCUCCAGAGAUAAUAAAACCAAAUUAUAACUUA